AUGGCAAGAGUGACCUUCACCCCGCAACCACUGGAGAUGCUCACGGUACCUGCACGCGAGAAGCACACGGCGACGCUCAUCUUCGUGCAUGGACUGGGCGACUCCGGCCACAGCUGGCAGCGCAUCGCAGACUCGUUCAACCGAGAUCCUACUAUGCAGCACAUCAAGUACAUCUUCCCCCACGCGCCGGUCAUGGCGAUCACAGCGAACUUCGGCAUGCGCAUGCCCGCGUGGUACGACGUGCUCUCGUUCAAGUCAACGGCGCCGGAGGACAACGACGAUUUUGGGAUGCUGCGCUCGAUCGCGUCCCUCGGCGCGCUCGUGGACGCUGAGAUCAACGCAGGAAUCGCACCCGAGCGCAUCAUCUUCGGCGGGUUCAGCCAGGGCGCGGCGAUGACGCUCCUCACGGGGCUGUCUUGUGAGCGCAAACUGGGCGGGUUAAUCGUGUUGAGCGGGAGGCUGAGGCUCGGGAAGAAAGUCAAGCUGUUGCUACAAGCGCGAAAUAUCACGACGCCGAUUUUCUGGGGACAUGGCAGGAAUGACCCACUGGUGACGUACGAGAUGGGGAUGUGGUCCAUCCAAUUCAUGAAGACGGAGUACGGGCUCAUGGACGCGGACCCACUCGCGCCGGAGAAGGGCGGUGUCGCAUUGCACAUAUACGACGCUGUGCACUCCGUCCCCGACCAGGAGCUAGAUGACGUGAAGGCGUGGGUGAAGCGGGUGUUGCCUGGACCUGCCCGCGAUGCUUGUGUGUCGGCGUGA